GACAUCUUUCCCAAGGUAGCGCGAUGUCGUCCGGCCCUCUGACUUUGCUGGCGAUCCUCGGCCUGGCGGUUCCGCUCGGCUCGCAGCCCGCCGCCGACGGCGCGGUUCGGGACGUGAUCGGCAGGAGCUCCGACUUUUCCACGCGUUUGUAUCGGGCGCUGGCCAGCCGCAGCGACGACAACGUUUUGCUGUGCACCGCGUCCGUGUGGCGCGGCCUGGCGGCGCUGCUCGGCGCCACCGGCGGCGCCACCCGAGAAGAGCUGCGGACGGCGCUCGGACUCGCCGGACUCGACCCGCAAAACAUCUCAGAUGCCUUGUCGACGAUAACCGGCACGCCGGCGGGGGGCGGCGCCCUCAACCUCAGGCAGGGCACGGCCUUGUUUACCGAGGCCAGCGCGCAGGCCUCGGCGCAGUUUGCGGAGCUUCUGCGACGCGACUACGGCGGCAGCGUGAAGAGCUUGGCCUUCGACGCGCCGCAGGACGCCUCCGAAGCCAUCAACGCGUGGGUCCGCCAGCAGACCGGAGAUCGGGUUCAGGACGCCGUGACGGACGUGGACCCCCGGACCAAGUGGCUACUCGCCACCGCCGCCUCCUACCAAGGCCGCUUCAGUCAAGCGUUCAACGCCAGCGCCACCGCGGACGAGCGCUUCUACGUGGACAGGUACCACGUGGCGACGGUCCCCAUGAUGCUGCGGGCCGACAAGUACUUCCUGGCGUACGACCGCUCGCUCCGAGCCGGCGUGCUCAAGCUGCCCAUGACGGACGGGGCGGCCGCCUUGCUGGUGCUGCCCGACGAAGACGUGGACAUCGGCGCGCUGGAGGAGCAAGUGAGCUCGGAGAAGAUCCGGGCCUGGAUCCGGCAGCUCAAGAAGACGAAGCUGGAGGUGCAGUUGCCGCGCUUCUUCUUGGAUCGUACCUACUCCCUGGGGGACGCCCUGCGGACGCUGGGCGUGGUCCAGGUCUUCGGGGAUGACGCCGACCUCAGCAACGCGGGCGGCCCCGAAGGCGCCAAAGUGUCGCAGGUUCUUCACAAAGCCGUCGCCACGAUGGACGAGAGCGGCCCGGGAGACGCCGCCGCCGCCGCCGCCUUCUCCUCUCCUCCCCCUCGGCUGACCUUCAACCGACCGUUCCACUUUGUGGUUUACCAUCAGACCAGCGGCGGCCUGCUCCUGAUGGGGCGACUGCGCGAUCCCACCAAGAAAUAGGGCCGCCCGCGUCCACUCUUUGCGGGACCCGCUCGUCCGCAAAGGUUGAAUGGAGGCCACCGGGCUCGGAGCGGAAACGUCUCUCGCCCCCAACGCGCCCGCUCCCCUCCCCCCGCCCGAGCCAUCUCGCCACCGUUGCGCGCGAGGAGGGCGGCGCCCGAGGCCCUCCGUUCAAGCUUUGCGGGCUCGCCUCAAAGUCGGCGCGCCGUCGCCCGCUUCCGACCUCCGCAUCGGGACGGGCGGCGCCGCCUGCCUCCGCGGGCUCCCCGCGUGCUUCCGUCCCGUAACCGCCGUCGUAGGACCACCCGCGCACCACGCCUCAACCCUUCUGCACGAGUUGACCUUUCACACUAUUCCCCGCUUGAUCCAUGUGCUCUCCAAAGAAUGUUUCCGGAAGAAACGUCAUGGCUGACAAGUGAAUAAAGUUGUCAAAUCCA